CUUGGAAAUGGGAAUUUAUAACAGUGUAAAAAUGAAUGUUUCUUUAAGAAUAGGCACUAAUAAAAUAAACCAAUGAAUAUUUUAUGAUACUCAUAUUACUUUAAUAUCGUUAACAGAUGGUACAUGCGUGUUGGUGGUAUUAUUUCUCAAAGUUCACGGAGUUUUUUGAUACGAUCUUCUUUGUGCUGAGAAAGAAAUUUGAUCAUGUAUCAACAUUGCACGUGAUCCACCACGGAGUGAUGCCCAUGUCCGUUUGGUUCGGAGUGAAAUUCACGCCAGGCGGACACUCUACGUUCUUCGGACUCCUCAAUACAUUUGUACACAUCGUCAUGUAUACCUACUACAUGCUAGCAGCUAUGGGCCCUCACAUGAGGAAAUAUCUAUGGUGGAAGAAAUAUUUGACAACUCUGCAAAUGGUGCAAUUCGUCGGCAUCAUGGUACAUGCAUUCCAGUUGUUGUUCAUCGAAUGCGACUACCCUCGUGCAUUCGUUUGGUGGAUAGGAAUGCAUGCGGUCAUGUUCUUCUUCCUAUUCAAGGACUUCUACGACCAAUCUUACUCUAAACCUAAGGUGCGCGCCAAGUCUCCGCAGCCGGAACUGGAGACGACCGAGAUCAAAGAGCUGACCUACCAGAACGGUUCGCUAAAGAACGGAUUCAACAAAAUUCACACGAACGGCACGAUGCCGCGCGCCCGCACCGUUCUGCCGGCCGGCAACUGACGCCGCGCCGCCGCCCUCCUUAAGCUAGGGUCUGUCGAUCGGAUCGCACAACGCUGCGGUGUGCGUUGCGCGGUGUCGGACACUUAACCGAUCUGUUUUCCGUCAGCCAUGUGCGACACAGCGUAACGCGUUCUGCAGUACUGUGCGUUCCAAUCGACGGAUAAAAGUCUUAGCAUUCCGUAGUAGACUGUGAUUCGUAACCUGGUUGUCGCGGGACGUAACGUGCGGACUCUUGGGGCCGCGGCCUCCGCUUUCGUAGCCCUAGAGGUGUAGUCUUAAAUGUGAUUUAUCUAGUGUACAUAUGGUUAAGUGGUGACGAAAAUGUAAAUUUUGUUUUGUCAAUGUUAAAGUUGGCCGGACGUGACCGGCGGUGCGACGACGGUCCGUUUGGAUUGUUGCCUAUCCGGAAGCUCCUAAGAUAAGACGAAUCGUUUGUUCGUUUUCGUGAGAGGUGCUUCUGUUUUACCAUUGUUACAAACUAAAUAUUGAUAAGCUUGUAAAUAAACGGUAAUUGGAAUAUUAGUUAGGAGAAAAUAUUUUUUUGAUGGCUAUUGUUAAGUUACUUACAGUCUACACUGAGAGAAUUGUAAUAUUUUAAAUAUUAAAAUAAUCCAGUUACUUAUAGUGUCAAUACAAUAUGUAUAUAAUACCUAAUGAAGCAGUAUGUACCUAUACCAUUAUAUUAACUAUAAUUUUAUUUUAAGGCAACCUGCCUCUGUCGUGUUAUAUUAUAACACUAAAUUGUUAAAUGACAUUAUUAUUUUUAUUGGUUGGAAAAUUUUCUAUUUGUAUCUCAAUUACAGUUACUGUAUUUUAUUUUGUAGAAUCCAUCCUAGUUUUAAUUUGCAAUGACUGGUUGUGUUGGUUAUUUAUUUUUUUAAAUUAACUUUUAUUUAUGAAUAUCAAGUGUAUGUUACGGUUAUAGUGAUGAAUUGAACAAUAAUUACUGAUGAUUAUGAAUAUUCAAUACCUACUAAUAAUAUACACGGUUUAAAGUGAUCAAUUUAUCUCAUUUACUUUUUUAAUAAAACUAAGAUCCUUGUUUUAUUUUCUGCUUACGUUUAAUUGAGAGCAAUCGUCUCGGAAGUUGAGAUCUGAUUGAGAGUUGUUGCCUUAUUAUUAAAGUAGUACUUAUCUACACAGAUUAGUUAAUACCCUAAAAGAGAAAAAACACGAUUCCAUAUAAUUUUUCACAGCCCCAAAUCCGUGUAGUUGCAGAAUUAAAAUAAGAUUUAUUGGGCUCCAUAACAUUUUCUUAAUAAUAUGUCAAACUUAUCAAAAAGAAA